AUGAAGCUUACUCCGGCAACAACUAAAACGCUCAAGAACGGUGUCAAAAUCCCAAUCUUAGGCCUUGGUGUGUAUAAAGCCCCUAAAGAAGAAACUGAGAGCAUAGUCUACACGGCACUGAAGCAAGGGUACAGACACAUCGACUCAGCACAAUUUUACGGUAAUGAAAGAGAAGUUGGACUGGCCAUUGCCAAGUACCUCAAGGAUGAACCUGGAAGCUCAAGAAACGAUGUUUUCUAUACGACAAAGUUAGCACCAACUAAUGCUACCUAUGAACAAGCCAAGAGUGCAAUUUUGGAAUCUUUGGAGAAAGUAAAAGAGAUUGGAUACAUAGAUCUAUGCCUCAUCCAUUCACCUGCGCUCGAGAAAACGCAGCGAUUGGACAUGUGGAAAGCUCUUCAAGAGUUUUAUGAAGAGGGCAGAAUCAAGGCCAUCGGGGUGUCGAACUACAGUGUGUUGCUGUUAAAAGAGCUUCUUGGAUGGGAAGGACUGAAAGUUGAACCAAGCGUCAACCAGUUCGAGCUAAAUCCCUGGCUUUUGCGCCUCGAUCUUUGUGAGUUUUGCAACGAAAAGGGAAUCGUUAUCGAAGCAUUUUCGCCAUUGACAAGAGGCAAGCGUCUAGAUGAUCCCGAACUGCUACGUCUCAUUGAAAAGUCGUACCCUGGCAAGACGACUGCCCAGAUUUUGAUCAGAUGGUCGCUGCAAAUGGGAUUCAUCCCUCUUCCCAAGUCAAGCAACGAGCAGAGACUAUUGGCGAAUUUGCAAUCUUUAGAUUUCGAGAUCAGCGAUGAAGAUAUGAAGCAAUUGACCCAUGAGAACGACUAUUAUGUUUCCAACCCCGCUUUUGACCCAAUCAAAAAGUACUUCGACAAGUGGUAG